AGUAAAAUAUCAGAAUUUCUAUAAAACCAAAGAAAAUAAAAAAUCAAUGUACCGUUUUUGGCAAAGGCUGUAAUCAAGACGUACAGACUAUGAUGUGCCAUUUAAAUUCCGCAUAAUGUAAAGUCCCCACAAUCAACACGUACACACGAUGAGUACGUUCAUGAUGCGCCAUAUAAAGUGCGUAUAAAUUUAACCGCCACUUGUCAUCGAUUAGUUGAGCAAAACAUUAGUCUAAGAAGAAGAGGUUUGUUUACACAGAAUUUGCAAGAUUGUCUAUAAAUUCCUUGAUUGAUCACAAAAAUGAAGAAAAUUAAGAUGAAAAAUCGCUUGUGUUUAUAUUUAAGUCACAGCGAAUUAAUUGAAAAUCUACACCAUGAACGUUUACAAACCAGGGAUAGCCAGUUGUACACAUAUAGGCCUGAACUUUUCGAUUUUAAAUCAAAGACCUUAGAACAGCCGGCAGACAAAUCUGAUCCCACAAGAAGUAACAAGCGGAAAAGGAAAGCAAGGGAAUUUGUGAAAAAUGAGGAGAUUUCAAAAGUAAAUGCAGAGCUCGAACCUUUCCUGAAAGAAAUUCAGAGAAUUAUAUGCAGCACACAUUGUGUGUCAUUAGAAAGUAUAUCAAGACUGUGGGAAGAGCCCACAGAGUUUCCCCAGUUUCGUGGUGCCAACAGCACAAGCCAAUUCCAAACAACAGCAUUUAAUCACAACACAUACCUAAUACCUCCAAAAUGUAAGUUUUAUAACUAUGAUGUAAAUUUGCUCCCUGAACUACUUCCAGAAUUGGAAAAAUACGAUAUUGUCAUCAUGGAUAUGCCGUGGCGCAACAAAUAUAUUAAACGUCUUAAAAAGGUUAACCAAUCAAUGGCCUAUCAAAUGCUGUCCAAUGAUAGUUUAAACGAGAUACCCUUACAACAAAUGGUACAUAAACAUUCCUUAGUGGUGUUGUGGUGUACGAAUUCUUUGCAACACCAACGUGCCAUAAUGGAUAAUUUCCUACCUUCAUGGAACUUGAAAUUAGUUCAUUGUCUCAAGUGGUUUAAAUUUAGUACACAGGGGGAGUUGAUAAGCCCCGUGAAAACUGAAGGAUAUAAGCAGCCCUAUGAAACGAUAUAUAUAGCUUGUCACCAGGACCGAAACAUGGAGGAAAUAAAAGGUUUGCAAGAUGUAGAUUUUAUAGCAAGUAUACCGAGCAUUAUACAUUCGCAUAAACCGCCUUUAAUAAAUUGGUUAAGAGAAUAUUUGAAUGACCCCCAAGACUUUAAAGGUUUGGAAAUAUUUGCUCGAUAUUUACAGCCCCAAUUUACAUCGAUAGGUUUGGAAGUUAUAAAGCUUAUGGAUAAACGUCUGUAUAAUGCAGCUACUCGCAUAUAGUUUUUAUUUUAUAUUUAAAAAAAAAUAGAGUAGAAAAAAGCACCUCAAUAAAAUAGUACAGAAAUGAA